CCGCAGUGCGCGCUACGCGAUAUCACCGACCGGUCAUGUGUGUGUCACUCCCACGUUCACACUGGUACCGCUCGGAGUUUACCUUCGUUUACCGUGCUGGUGGCGUUGCCACCACCGUUGCCGUUAUCGUCAACCGUCGCGUAGUGUGUGGUGCCCAGUGCUAAGUAGAGUCCGAGAAGUGCAUCCCGGAAGUCGAAAAGUGUCGGUCGAUCUCCGUCCGCGGACGUCAACAGUGCUUUGGUGGACGGAGAAGAGAGACGUGCGGAGCGUGUUCGCCGCCUCUCCGUUCUCUCUCCUUCUCUCUUUCUUUCGCCGCUGGUCCCCCGUCACCUCAGACCGAUAAUCGUACGCAGGGCUACGUGCGUGGAUACAGAAAAGGAAACGCACGCGCGCGCGCGUGCACGUACGUACGUACAGGUGCAGACGCGGACUCAUUUUUCGUCGCUGAAGACGCGCGCGCAACGCGCGGGAGCGAGCGCCGUGAAGUAAGGCGCGAAGGGCGAGCGCCGUGAAGUGAGCUGUGCCACGCAAGAAAAAGGAAGGAGAGAGGGAGAGAUACGUUUUGAAGUCGCGCGAGGAGUCUCGUGGCUGUUUUCGCGGAGCAGAGUCCGUCUCGCGCGCGUUCGGAGGAGCAAGGAGUGGCUGUGGCGUGUGUUGUUCGCGCGAAAGAAGGAAGAGAGAGAGAGAGAGAGAGAGGAGGUCCGGCCGCGUCGCCUCAUGGCCCCGUUGUUCGAUGGCUCUUCGUGAUCGCGGCAGGAAGAGAUCGGCCGCGCGGAGUGGUGCUUUGUGCCGUCGAGAAAUAGUGAUCGUUUGUGACAGGGUCCGCCGUCGCGUCCCCUCCCCCGGUGCGCGGUGCGCGCGGUGUGCGCGCCCGUUGUUGUUUUCCUUUCGGGGGCGAGGCACGCUCCUCGGAGGAUAGAAGGAAAAACCGGGUCGUCGACAGGGGCAGGGAGAGAGUGGAGCGAGGAGUGAGUGAGCGCGAGGCGUACGAGCGAGCGAGCGACCGGGCGGGCGCGAGAAGGAGAGAGAAGACGGAAGAGGAGCGAGAACGGCGGGGGAAGGAGACACAGGGGGCGCCCGUCCGGCGGAGGGGGAGGGAAGGAACGUGCGAGGGAAAGGGUGACUGGCGGGCCCGGCUGUGGCGAUCCGAAGUCGCGGAUUCGGCACGCCGUGGUUUACCGAUCGUAAUAUGGCGUACAAGUUUCGCGAGGAGAUCGUGGGAAAGCGGUUCCUCUCCGUGAGUGGUUUCACCAAGCUGAAGGUGAAUAAGAUCGGUGAGUGGGGUUGGCGUGCGGGGGUAAUACGUGCUGCCAGUCACCGAGAUAACGGCUGUCAUGAUCUCCAGAUUCUGGUAGAAUACGACGACGUGGAGUGGCAGAGGAGGGAGUGGCUGUCGCCACACAGGGAUGCGGUGUUCUCUUUUUUUCUCAUUGAACGCGGUCUCUACUGGGCUGAACGACCUGACCCCAAGCACGCCAGUCUCAUCCCCAUCGAUCAUCACAAUCACGCGAACAAUAAUCACCAUCAGCACCGCAUUAACGGGAAACCACUCAGAGGUGCCACGGCGGUCGCCGACACUGUUGCUUGGCCAGCACUCACCUUCUAUCCUCUCGUGGCACGUGCCGAGUUGCACGAAGACGCCAUGCCGAUCGAGUUUAUGCAAGAUCGCAAACUGGACUUCGUCGACUACUCGAAGCUGAAACCGUUCACCCAGGACUGGGAGCUGACUAAGGGCACGAUGCCCUGGGGAAACGCCGUUAGGAGAUGGGCUGAGAUGCAGGAUGGCCAGAGGAUCCUGCUGACUACGCCCAGCGUCCUGGUCGGUUUCAGGGUCGAAGUUUAUCGCGCGGAAGGCACCACACAAUGGUACACAGCCGUGAUCGUCGGUUACAACGAGUCCACCAAGGAUUUGACUGUCACCGAUGACACGGUCCUCGAAGACCACAACGAGGAUCCCACUUUAGUACAAAUGCGGCUGAUUGGCGAUGGAGUCGUCGAGAGCAUCAUGAGAGGCGAGGUCGUCGGCAUGACACCGAGGAGGUCGAGGUCAUCGACUGCUCUGACGCACGCGCUCGUUGUGCCCCGACCUGGAAGAAGGCCUCGCAGACGGCCGGGAACCGCGGCGCAGUUGCAGACAACUCCGAGGGUACAAAGUCCGAUAUCUCAGCAUCUCGAAAAAGGUAAGAAGACGUACUUUACGAUUCAUCUUGGAGAUUUAACUUGCAACAGCGACUCGUUAAAUCAGAAGAGCAACACCCGUAACAACCGACGUCGGCGCGUGAGCGAGGGUGCAAGUCGCGAGAGGAGCGAAAAGGAUUCGGCGGAGGCGGCGUUGUCCACACGGACACAGGAGGAUCGCGAGAAUAAGGGUCCACCGUCGGGCAAGGUCGGUAAUCGUGUAGCGCGACCUGUGUUGGAGGAGGCAAACAGCGCGUCAGGCAGCCCCUCAAAGCUACGAAGACGCGGCGCCGCGGUAAAGAGUCCGACCACCGAGCAGCAGGGUCCGGCGCAUCAGAGACCCGCGCGAAGAAGGCCGAGGCCAGGAGGCGGCCAGGAGGCCAAAACAGACGCGGAGGAGGAGUCUAUCGAGCAUCAUCAUCGUAUCACCGGAAGUGGUGCGAGAGCCGACAAGGACGAACGUCUCGGUAGCAGAUCGGAGGAAGAGGAAGAAGAAGAGGAAGAAGGGGAGGAAGAACGUCUCGAGGGGGAGGAUGAGGAGAACCAGGAACGCUGCGAUCCACUGACUAAGCGGCUAAGAACAAGCCCCGUUGGCAGAAAGCUCCGGUCUGAGAGUGGUAAGAGCAAAAACGCCGAGGAAACUGCGGCGGAUCGGGCCGGGGAGGCGGUGGUGGAGGCAGAGGAGGAAGACGAGGAGGAGGAGGACGACGACGAGGACGACGACGACGACGACGGCGACGACGACGACGCCGAGGAGGAAGCGGGGGAGGGAAAACACGACGGAACCGAACGAGAGGUCGACAAACUCGAAGAGAACGAGGAGAGCCAAUCCAGGGAACGGGACAGAGAACCUGAACCGCCACCUCCGGAUAAAGUCGAUCCCGGAGGCGAUCCAGCUUCUAAGGAGCAGCAGUCAGGUAGCGGAUCAGAAGCGAGGAAGGACAUCCGCGUGGUCGAUCGAGACGCGGAUAAGAGCGAGCAGAAGGAACAGCAACAGCAGCAGCAGCAGCAACAACAACAACAACAACAACAGCCACCGCAGUUACUCGUGAAUGGAUUGCACGUCGACUCGCCGCUGGUCAGCGACAAGACGAAUGUCAUCCGCGAAGGUAGCCCGUCACUGCUAAAGUCGACGACUCGAUCAAAGACAAAGGGCGUCGCGAAGGAGAACGCAGAGGACGCAGCAGCGGCGGCGGCGGCGGCGGCGGCGGCGGCGGCGGAGGACGAGCGCGACGAGAACGCCAGCGAAGAGGAGGUCGGCUCGCAACGGUCGCGCCGAACUGAGCUGACCGCCACCGAGUUAGGCACGGAGGAUAGCGUGGGUAGCGUCGGCGGCGUGAGGGCGGCCAGCGUCGAAUCGGUCGUCGAGCUGCUGGAGUCGAGCAGUCAGGACUCAGGCUCCGUGCUGGAGAGGCUGAGUCCGCUUAGUAGCAGCGGCGGCGGCGGCCCCGGCAGGCAAAGCAGCCUGCUCCUGGAACAACAGCGGGAGCAGGAGCGCAGUCGGCACAACGAGAGUCCGAUCAUCCUAGCCGAGAGACUGAACAAGCCGCCACCGCCGAUCGCCAGCCACCACCAUCACCAUCACCUACAAUCCUACCACCAACCGCAUCAUCAGCAGCAGCAGUACCAUCACCAUCACCAUCAAUCGCAACACCAUCAGCAACGUUACACCAGUGAUAGUCCGGUGAUCCACCACCAUCAUCAGCAGCAACAACAGCAACCGCCACCGCAGCAUCAUCACCAUCAGCUAGCGAGCAGCCCGCAUCAGCACCAUCACCAUUCCGCCGCUCACCUGACCCCGUCGAGCCUCCUCGAGGUGCAACAGCAGUCUCACACAUCGAGGGGCGGCGAUGAGGCCGGCCUUAUGGAAGUGGAGGCCGGGGCCGGUAUACCUGGAGCAGGCGUACUUGUCGGAGUGCCCACGGCGGUUGGCGGCAUACGGGCGUCGGGAGGCAGUAGCAGCAUCGCCGGUGCCUACGGCGACAGCGGCUCCGACAGCGGGGUAAGCUCGCUGAGGAGCGCCGGCUCCGGCGACGAACGGAGCGGCAGUAGGAGCUCGGCGCUCAGCGUUGAAGAAACGACCUCGACACCGUCGGCAGUGGCCGCCGCUGUACCGGCCAGGGUCUGGCACGUGCAGAGCGUGCAGCACACGACCCUGAUGAUGGCGCACUCGUCCCAGGGUGCACCCAACCCCGGCGCGAGCGCCGCGGCUACGGUGCCGCCGGUCGGCUAUCAGAGCCCGGCGCCUCCGGGUCAUCACGCCGUCGUCGCGUCAGAAAUGCUGUGGAGACCGUCCAGGGCCUAUCCGCCGCUCUCGCACGCUCUUCUUGGCCCGCAGCCACCCAGUCCUGAGGAGCUGCUCGAGAGGGAUCGCCAUGAGAGGAUGCUCCGGGAGCGUCGCGAGGCGGAAGCGCGCGAGCUGGAGAAGCGGGAGCGUGAGCGGGAAGCCAAGAUGGAACGGGAGCGGAUCGAGAAGCAAAGGGCUGCUGAGCAAGCGGUCCAUAAGCACUUCGAGGAGUCCUUCAGGCUGGCGAAGACAAGAACCCACACAGAUGCAUCCUUAUACAAAGCACACAAAAUCUAUCUCAACACGUGGAACAAUGGGGAAGUGUCUUAUGUCCCGCAGCAAAGGGCACCGAUGGCGUGGAACAAUUUCAUCUCGCUGCCGCCGCCAAGCAGCAGGACACAUGGGGCGCCACCACCACAUUCAGGAUUGACGCACGCGGCGGCCGCCGGUCACCACGGUCAUCCGGGCGGUCCCCCGGUUGCGGCCGCGGCCGCGGCCGUCGCCGCGGCGCAUCCCUUGACCGUGGCACAGCAGCAGCAGCGCGAGCGCGAGGAACGAGAAGCACGGGAACGUGAGCGGGAACGGGAUGCCCGCGAGCGAGAGCAACGGGAGCACCUGGUGGCGGCCGAAAGACUGCACCGGCAGGUCGAGGCCAGGGAUCAUGUCGCCGCGCAGCAGAGAGCCGUCUAUUACGCGACCGCGGGACCGCCGGCUCAACAGGUAUCUCGACCUUCGAGCGUGCCUGGGAAAGUUGACUACCCGCCACCGCCAGCGCACUCACGGACGUCAAAGUCAUCGCUGCCGGUUGGCGCUCUACACGAAAAAGCACCGGUAGUGGGCCCGUCGCACGGCUCGCUGCCGAAAGCCGAGCCAAAUGUGAACUUGUUCAGUUACUCAUCGACGUACCAGCCACAAGCGUCGUAUCUGCACGACAUCAAGGUGAAGAGCGAACUCGGGCAGCCGCACAAGUCGUUAUCGAGCAAAAGCGGUUUAGCCGGCGGCCUCGAGAGGGACCAUCAUGGCAGAGAGGUGCUGCAAAACCCGCCAUCCCUGCUGCCAGAUCACAAGAGUUCAGUAAUCGUGAAGAACGAGGGCAGAGAGCUGCCGAAAGCACCGGCGCCGCAGCAGCACUCGUCCAGCCCAAAGAUAAUGCCUUACUUGAACGUCCAGUCGGUGGCGCCGCAGCACAAGCCUGCGGCGUACGAGUACAGAAGCCCAACGCAGAGCCCGCAUCACCUGCACCCAGCGCAUCUGGACGGUCUGCAGGCGAAGAGCAUGCCGCCAUCCGCGAGCCAUCACCGUGGCGGUAGCGGCAGCGGUGGCGUGCCGACGACGACGACGCAACUGCCGAGUCCGCACGGCCAUCCGCCGCCGCCGCCGGCGCCGGCGCCGGUACCACACUCGCAUAAUCCUCGUCAGUCGCCGCACGCGCCACCUCAGCAUCCACAUCAGCCGCCACCACCGCCACAUCCUUCGCCGCCGGAGCCGCGCUACCUCAGCAGGCCGGAGCCAGCGGGUCUGCCGUACGGCGCGGCCAAGACCACGUAUCCGUACCCACAUCCGCAUCCGCCCACGGCCUCGCCGACGACAGCGUCGCACUACGCUGCGCCGCCGCCAGCCGGCUCCAAGCCGAAGGUCAGCAGCCCGGCGCCACCGCACAUCUACGGCAAGCCUAACUCCAUGACCGGGAUCAUGACCGGCACGCCGGUGUGCCGGGCAUCCGAGCCGCCGGUCGCCGCGCCGAUACCGUUGACGUCGAAGGCUAGCAGCUCGCCUUACCAGCAAGUGCCUCAUCAUCACGGGGCGCCGCCGCCGCCGCUGCCACCGCCUGCGCACAGCAGCCGGUCCGUCUAUGACGGCCGCGGCUUCGCCGGCUCGUUGGCGGGCGCGAAGCUGCCACCGCCGCCGUUGCACGGCUCACCGCCUACAGCCGCCUCGGCGCCACUCUCGAGGCCAAUCGCUCAUCCCGCGCAUCACACCAGCCCGCAUCAGCAACCUGGCCAGACGUUACAGCAUGCGCCGCCCUCCCAGAUCACUACGGCCUUCCAAACGCAGCCGCUCGACCUCGGAGUGGAGAGGUCGGGUUCGCCCAAGAGAAAAGCGCCGACGUCACUGAUGUGUGACAACAUCAGCGGCCAACCGGUGUCGUUGGAGGUUUGCAAGAAGCGGAGGACGGAGGAGCCGCAACCGUUGUCCCUACAAUGUGUCGGUUCGCCCGUUUUGUCGAGGGUGAGCGAGCCUAGCCCACUUAUUGCCUCGGCUGCCACGUCCAUCACCACAGUCGUGAACACCGCGGCGUUGCUGACGCAACCAAACAGUCAGACGACGCAGGAGCAGCGUACGGCAACGCCGGUGAGUCCAGCACCGAGGACAGCCAGCGGUGACGGUUCUGUGCGACCCGCCAGCACUGGCAGCGUGUGUUCGUUGAAUCCGGCACCACCUACACCAGUGAGUGCGGCACCGAGCCCGGCGCCUAUACCGAGCCCGGCACCGUCCACAGCGCCCAGUCCGGCACCUAGUGCACCUGGAACACCCGCCAAGCCGAAUCCUGGCACUGCAGACAGCGAGAAAUCCAACAGCCCGGCGCCGAGGCCGCCUAGCAGCACCACGGUACAUAAAUUGAAGAAAGCGUGGCUGCAACGACACUCCAGAUGCGAAGAUGGCACUGAAAACACUACUGGUAUGGUUGUUGGCGGAUCGUGUGUCACGUUGCCGUUGAACAUUGCCCGUGAGACCCCGUCGUCACAGCAAGGAUUAAACAGCAAGGACCGCGAGAACGAUCGUACGACGUCAAACGCGAAUAACAGCAGCGGCACAACCACUACUACCACCUGCUUGCCUAGCGCAGUCAACUCGAUUCACAAUAUCGGCAGUAUGGCGGUGAAUAGCAUCAACAAGAGCAAAGGCACCGGCAAGAGCGGCCGGAAACCAGCGAACAAGGAAUCGUUGAACGGUCAUGCAACCGACACCAGCAAGACUCCGCAGGAGGACUCGUCUAGCAGCGACCCGGAAAGGAAGUCGCCGCCUAAACGAAAGCCACCCAAGGUAAAACGAAAGAAGGGCGCCGCACGGAGGCAACAAACGGCCGCGGAAGAUCAGCGGAGGCGAAAAGAGGACAAGCAAGGUGGCGGAGCUGGUGCGGGCAGCGAGUCUAGUAAUGAGAGCGAGGCGGGCUCGGCCAGCGACACCAGUGAGCAGUUGAGCUCCGUUCAACCAGCGUCGCGGGUUCGACACACUACGGCUAAUUCCAACAAUUCCUCGGGAAACGGAAGUAACAAGGAACCUAGGAAACGUGGAAGAAGACCAAAGACUACGAAGGGCAAUGAAGUGGGUGGCGAGGAUCAACAACCGCGUCAAAAGAAGGAACGCAGGGACGACAGUACGAGCGGCGGCAACAAUGGUCCGGGCGGCAGCGGUGGUAGAGGCGAUCCCUUUCGUAAACCGCCGAUAUCGCAACUGAAGAAAACCGGCGAGAGCUGGCUGCAAGAUGGUGCCUGUUUCGAGGUGGCUCCAAAGCUGGCCAAGUGCCGCGAGUGCCGAUGGACGCCUCAUCAACGCUCCAAGAAUCUGCCUCAGAACAUCUUUUGCAGAUUCUACGCGUUUCGUAGGCUGCGCUACACCAAAAAUGGACAGCUGGCCAUAGCAGGAUUCAGCGAUCCACAUAAGGAUGCAUCUGAGGAAGAUCUGCGAUUAUGGUUACCAGGCAAGGAUAACCAAGAGGCAACAGGGAAAGAUGACAAGUCCGAGAGAAACGAGAAAGACAAGGGAGACCGGGAAGACCUAGACUUAGAAACGGCACAUCGGCUACUGCGGCAGGUUGGCGAUCAAUUCUGCGAUCUUUUGCAUCAAGAGAAAGACGCCCUUCAAGAACACAUGGCCGAAGCGAGUUCGGGGGUUGUAGACGGAACAGUAGCGUGGAAGCGAGUGAUCCAAGGUGUUCGGGAGAUGUGCGAUGUGUGCGAGACUACUCUGUUCAAUUAUCAUUGGGCCUGUGGCAAAUGCGGUUUCGUCGUGUGCAUCGAUUGUUACAAGGGACGCAAAAAUGGAACGAUCAAGAUUUGGGGCGAGAGUGGAAAGGACAGGGACGAUUUCUCGUGGCUGCUUUGCACGAACAGACAGGCGCACGAACCGGAGCGUCUGAUGCUCACACAGAUCAUCGCCGGCGACAGCCUCCUGCGGCUCGGUCAACGUCUGCACGAGUGUCGCGCGGAAUGGGGAAUUGCGCAGCACUGCGCCUGCUCGCUCGUGGCCUCGUCGCAGCCGAACGAAGUCCUGCGAAGCCUGAUCAAAGGAGACUCCGUGCCCGUCCUUAACGGGAACGUGAAGCAGGAAAUGAAGGAAGAGAAGAAAGUUAACGAGUCUAACGGCGCGUCGUCCGAGAGCAAGACCAACGGCGAGGACAAAAACUCGCCACUAAACUGGCUGGCGGACGUAGCGCUGCAGAAUCAGGACAAGAACGAGAGCGGCUCGGACUCGGAUUCGGACGAAGAUCGCGAGGGUAACUACUCGACGCUGCGGGAGUUGCUCAUUAGACCGUCGCACAAGUCGAACGGCAGCGGUGGAUCCAGAUCGAACUCACCCACGAGCAAUUCGGCGGGCGGCGGCGGCGUGAACGCGACCGGUGGCGGCACUGGCGGUAACGCUGGCGCGCAGAACAACGUCGCCAAGUCCGGCAAGAAGUCGAAGAUGGAUACGCUCGAUGAGGUGAUAUCCAGCGUGAUCGAGCAUAGCGUGAAGAAGGAACGGGACAGCGGCAUGGACGACGAGAAACCGCGCGAGCUGAAACACUUCGUGCGACGUUACAAGUGGACGCAGCGCGGCCGGGAGCCGCUACCGAUCCGCAUCAUGACUCUGACAGAAAGCAAAAGCCUCUACCCGGACGUACCGCAUUCCUGGCUCUGCGACGGCAAGCUGCUCAGGUUAAACGAUCCCAACAACCCGAACAAUUACCGGAUAUUCCAGGAUCAGUGGAAACGAGGACAGCCGGUAAUCGUGUCGGACGUCUCCAAGGCGUUGGACAUGAAUCUUUGGCAUCCGGACUCGUUUGCCCGCGAUUUUGGCGACGAGAAGAACGAUCUCAUCAACUGUAUGACCGGUAAUCUGGUACCGAACCAACCGAUGCGCAAGUUCUGGGAAGGGUUCGAGAACUUUUCCAAGCGGCUCAAGGACGAGCGGGGAAAUCCCAUGCUACUGAAACUCAAGGACUGGCCACCCGGCGAGGACUUUGCCGAGCUUCUACCGUCGCGGUUCACGGAUCUGAUGAAGGUUCUACCAUUGUCCGAGUAUACGCACAGGAACGGUAGAUUAAAUUUGGCGAGUCGCUUGCCUAAUUGCUUCGUCAGACCGGAUUUGGGUCCGAAGAUGUACAACGCUUACGGGUCUGCAUUGCAUCCCAAUAAAGGCACGACCAAUCUCCAUCUCGAUAUCUCGGACGCCGUAAAUGUCAUGGUGUACGUAGGGAUUCCGAAGGACGCCGAUAGUGAUGAGCACAUCAAAGAGGCAUUGAGAGCGAUAGACGAAGCAGGCUGUGAUAUUCUAACGCGCCGACGUGUCCGCGAUCGUGGCGAGGCACCGGGAGCGCUCUGGCACAUCUAUGCGGCACGCGAUGCGGACAAAAUUCGAGAUCUUUUGAACGCUGUUGCCUUAGAACGCGGUGCUCGUUUGGAGCCGCACCACGAUCCGAUACACGAUCAGAGUUGUUACCUGGACGGACCUUUGCGAGAACGAUUGUAUCGAGAAUAUGGUGUCGAGGGGUACGCUAUCGUCCAAUGUCUAGGCGACGCGGUAUUCGUGCCAGCCGGUGCGCCGCAUCAAGUGCGCAAUCUGCACAACUGCAUAAAGGUGGCCGAAGACUUCGUGUCGCCGGAGAAUGUUUCUCAUUGCUUCCACUUGACCCAGGAGUUCCGCGCACUGUCCGAUACACAUACCAAUCACGAGGACAAGCUCCAGAUCAAGAACAUCAUCUAUCACGCCGUGAAGGACUCGCUGACCGUUCUAGCCAAUGUUAAGGAGGAGACCCUCACCAAGCUCAAGACCACCAAUGAGACAAAGAUUAAGGAGGAAACGUAGCCCUAGGUUCACCCUGCGCGGUCGUAAGACCCUCUGACAAUUUCCUGAUGGAUGAUCUCACUGUCCGAGAGUGAGAUCAACUGUUGUUGCUGCUCCCAGACACAGCGAAGCUGAUGAGACCGGGAGAGUCUUUGCGGAAUAUCGCCCUCCCCGCGGCAAGAUCGGGUCGCGGAGGUGCGAAAUUUGUUGUGAUAUUUGUGAAGAUAAUUCGGAGAUUUGAUUUGCGUUAUAUUGGUUGAGCCAAUAGAUGAGUAAUAUUAGCUAUUCGUCGUUUUUCAAUUUUGGAUUUUCCUUUGCGCAAUUCUCACUCGCUCUCCCCGUUUUUCGCGCUCCCCGCGAGAAAGACGGACAUGAAGUCCGGCGAGCUCGCAAGUGCGAGCGAGACGAGCGAUGAUGAUUCGCCGGGGCCGGGUCGCGCACAGGUAAACCGCCGCGUCCAUUACUAUUGUGAUACCAGGACUUUGGAUCAUACGUUAUUUGUAAUUAAUUAUAUCGUGCCUGUAUCCAAUACACACACACACACACACACACUGUCUAUAUUAUAUAAAUGUAGAUAUUUGAAAUAUAUUGUGUAAUGAAGUUUUGCUAGCAACUACCAGAGUGGCAGAAAAGAAAACAAAAGAAGGAGGAGUGAGUUGUCUAGGAGUACCUUUGUGCAAUUAGAUGUCGAUUACGAAUUAUUAUAGCUGAAUCGGCGAUAACUGUGGGAUUCAAGCUAAUCCAUUUAAUCUGGUGAUCUGGUGCUUUCGGUAUUCGAAGCCCCGGUCAGAGAUGGCCGAUACGUAUUCGCGGUUUAGUUUCUCGUGUUCCGCGCGCGACAACAGCGCGCGUAAGGAUAAAACACUGCCUAAACAAUCGAUUCAUUGUCGACGAUGCUAAGAAGGAGGAGAAACCUUUUCGCAACCUUUAGCUGAUAAUUCGUAUCAUUCGUAGAGCGACGUUCCUCCGAGGCGUAUUACUUUUUUUUUUCUACGACAGCCUGCGUAUCGGUUAUGAGCGGCCGGGGUGCUAUGAGUAUUUUGUAUGAUUGUCAUUGCGAUUGUUGUGAAGACAUCGGAACAAAAGGAAAGGAGGAAAGAAAGUUGGUAUUCUGCGAUAUAUUAACUUUCCGAGAAGGUGUAUGUAAAACGGGACUGAAUAAACCCUUUCACUAUUGACGGCUGUGGAUGUAUUUCAUUUUGUUUUCGUGAAGAUCCCUUGACGGUCAACUUCAACAGUUCGCGAUGGAGCUGUUUGCUUUGUAACUUUGUUCUGUCGGAAGCUGGUGUCAUACACUCGUGUAGCUAAUUUUAUCGCGAUUACUACGUGAUUUGUAGCCUCGGCACUCAGUGGUCUUGGGGUGCCGUACGCCUCGAGUUCUCCGUAGUGAAAGGGUUAAACAUUUUUUCGUCGCUAUUUCAUAACCCAGUGACUACCCAGCGUGUAACGAGCGGGGGAUAUUGAUGAUAAGAAUGAAUAUGUUAUUUUUGUCAAAACGUAUGCAAAACUGUCUAAUUGUCCGACGAUAAAGCCGAAAAGAUAGAAAGGUAACGUAAUUGUAUCGUAACGAGGCAUACGCUAAUUGAUGAAUAAAAAAAAAUUAUUUGCGGUAACGCUUAGAGAAAACGAGGAAUAACGACUUUCGAAAGUGCCAAUGUUGAACGAUGUGGGACAUUUUCAAGUAUGCGCGCGUGCGUUAUGUAUCGUAAUAUGCGUAGGUAGAGAAAAGAGGAAUGGAGAAAAUGAUUAGUCACGCAGAAUCCACGCAGAGAUGACGGGAGGAGGUUCCCGUCAUUUCGUGACGGUUCGUGCGAGCGACGAGGUGUUCUCCGUUAUUCGCACCGUCAUUGCCCGGCGAUUCGAGGACUGCUGUCGCGUUUUGUUACUUCUGUCUCGUUUCGCGGAAGUUCCGUUCAGUGAUGAUGAUUCGAACGAGCAUAAGCUGCGGUGGAUAGCUCGUCGAUACAUUUGCGCGUCCGCGCAAUUUUACAAAUGAAAAGAGAAACGCACGACACAAUGCAGGACAGCAACUCUUGAAUCGAACGUGGCGUCGUACGCGUCAUUAAUCUCGCGCCGAUCGAUUGUCGACCAUUACACGGCUUGACACAGAUGUGUAAACGAUAUAAGAGGGAAAUGAGCAGUAAGGAAACGAAUAAAAAUCAUUGGCAUCCUGGAAUCCGCAAUUUCUUUGAUCUCAACAUUCGUCAUAGCAUACAACGACUUGAUUAAAUGAUAUUUAACGAGUAAAUUUUUAAAUAUCUUAGUGUCGAUAAGUAACGAUUGUAUGGAAAUUGUGCAAGCUACAAGAAGCAACAACAGGAGCAACAAGUACCGUUGAUAAUUUCACAACGGCGGUGUAUAAAGUUCUUAGGAAGACAUAUUUCUGUGUAUUAUUGCUGCAGACGAGAAGCUAUUGUUUGUUCUCUUGCUACGUGUAUGUACAUACAUUUAUAUACAUCCGUAUAUGUAUACAUUAUAUAUAUAUAUAUAUAAAUACGAAAAAAGAUUCUAUAGGACGGCAUAACGAUAAGAAGGUACGCAAACCUUUACGAGAAACACGAAAAGAAUACACCUUACACGCGUAGAUAGAUAGUUUAUUAUGCCAUUAUAAUAAUUAUUAUAUUAUUAUCAUUAUUACGAUUAUAAUUAUUACGAAAAAAUUACAAUAUUUAAAUGUUGCUAAAUAUGCCGAGGAGAGUACGAGCACGAACGUACGAGUGUAAAUGAUUAAAAAAAAGGGAAAAAAUAAGAGAAGGAAGUCGUGGAAGAGAGAAAGAGAGAGAGAAAGAAAAUUAACGAUGCUUAAGUGAGCAUGAGAGAGAAAGAGAGACAGAGAGUGUGAACGUGUGGAUGAGAGAGAGAGAGAGAGAGAGAAAGGCGUGCGUGUCUGGCGAAAAUGCGACGAGAACGAGAGAACAAUGGGCCGUGUAUUGGGGGCGGAGUGGAACGGACGGUAUAACAAUGUACAGACCUUCAAAAUCCUUUUGAGAUAUUAUUCGUCUCUUCUGCCCCUCACCCCCAAAGAAGAAAGAAGUCGCGUGCUACCUAUCCUUCUGCGCCCCCGCUCCUACCCCACUUCUCCUGCAACCACCGGCCGCCCCCAGUCAUUGCAGUUAUGAACCGCGGGCCGGCAGGUCUGAGUAUAAUUUUUUGUACUGUGUAAAUGUAAGAACAUACGUUUGAAUAAGAAAAAUGUUUAUAUUACGAAA